CACCGCUCUCCGGAAGUGUCAGGUCGCCGUCGGUGAUGAUAGGGGAACUCCCAAAGGGGUGGACGUCCUUGAGAGACUGGGGUGCGCCGAAGCCAUCGCGCUCGUACCUCUUGACAUCGUAGGGCACUUCAAGCUCUUCCUAAGAGAAGAGAAUGCGCUGGGAGCGCGAAUUGGCCAGGUGGUGAACGGUGAGGACCAUGGCUUGUGAUGCGCGUACGCGAGACAGAUAUUCGAGACUCGUCAUCCAAAGUCACCCGGCGAACAAGGACAUCCACCAGCCGGGGCGCUUGCGCAAUGGCUGCCGCCAUACAGCAGGUAGGCUCUUCCUCCGCUAACAUGUACAGUAAGCUUCUCUUCGCGCGACCUCAGCUCACCUGUCAGCACAGAAUCGACCUAUCACUCCGCGUGCGACCGGGGUACAUAGACGCUGACAGAGAAUCGGACUUGGGCAGACCCCAUCACAGGCCCAGAGCUUGGGUCAUCGUAACCUUAGGCGAAUGCUCGAAGGUCGCACAUGGAAGAUUCUGCGCGCGGAUUGCCUUCCUCGGCAUGCACGAGCACGCGCAAGACAAGACGGGGACAAUAACGCCAGGAUGGUAGGAGGGCGAAGGGGUGUGGUGUAAAAUCAGGACUCC